UAUCUCUGGCCAACAGAUUGUCCCUCGUGUCCAAGGAAUGAUGAGCGCUUCACCAUCUUUCUCAACUAAAUUAUCAAUAUCGUAAAGUCUAUUGCUUCUCUAGUGUGAAACACAUAUCACAUCUUCGUAGACAAAAAAAAAACAGAAGAAGAGAAAAUAGAAAAUAAAGAAAAGACGCUGUUCAACCGAUCAAAAAGCUCCACAACAACUUUUUAACUCAGGAACCGCAGGAAUAAAAAUAUCGAGGUUUUUAAAGUAGCACAGCUCACUAAUGAAGUUUGGCAAGCAAAUACAAAGCCAACAGUUUACUGAAUGGAGUUCUUUUUAUCUGGAUUAUAAAGGAUUAAAAAAGUUUAUCAGCUCACUACUUAAAACACCUGAAGAUAGUCUGAAGGCUUUAGGCUUACCAGCUAUUGGUUUAGAUGGCGAUCGUGCAAAACUACUUCAAUCACAAAAGGCAGCUUUUUUCUUCAAAUUAGAGCGUGAGCUCGAGAAAAUCAAUUCAUUCUAUUUACAAAAAGAAAAUGAGCUCAAAGUUCGAUUAAGGACACUCAUUGAUAAGAAGAAAGUACUUCAGUCGGACCUCAGAAGAUUAAAACAUGCCUCUACCUUGUUCAAGUCUAUCCAAGAAGCUUUUGUUCAAUUCGAACACGAAUUAACAAAAAUUCAGAAAUACGUAGAGCUUAAUAACGAAGGUUUCAGAAAAAUAUUGAAAAAGUGGGACAAACGAUCCAAAUCAUGCACAAAAGAAUUAUACUUGUCGCGUCAAAUCGAUAUUCAGCCAUGCUUCAACACUCAAGUAUUAUGUGAAUUAGCCGAUCUCGCUUCAGCCAACCGAAUCGAGUUAUCAAAUAUACUAGAAGGAAUACCUGUGAGCCCACCGCCCAAUAAUAAAGACGCUGAUAACAUGGAAACAAACUUUGUUGCAACGGGGGACGAGAUUGACGAUAUAGAAUUAGAACUCGUGAAAGCAGUUUCCGGCAGUCAAACGACCGUCGUCAAAGAUAUUUUGGGCAGGAUAACGGCCAAUCCGUCAGCCGAAGAUCAUGGCAGGUUAACCCGUGUUUUCUGGAAUGCAUGCUCAGAAGCUUCAUCAGAGAUAACUCAGCUUCUCAUCAAUACGGGAUUGGUCAAUUUCAAGUACGUCGAUGAUAUUAUUGAGCGUACUUGUUUGCAUGUAGCAGCCAUGAACGGACGUCUCGAUAUACUGGAGAUUUGUACAAAACAUGGAGCCUCUGUCGAAUCUACAGAUGCUUAUGGUAGAACAGCUCUGCAUUAUGCAACAAUGAACGGAUUCAGCGACUGUGUUUCAUUUCUUUUAAAACACAACAGUGAUAUUGAAUGCAGAGAUCAUGAUGGUUUUAGUCCUCUCAUUUACUCUAUUAUGAAUGGACAUACACAAUGUGUUGAAAUUCUGAUUCGAGCAAAUGCUAAUAUUGAACCCCGUCAUGAAGGUGAUCAUAUUCCUUUAUCACUCGCCUGCCAUUUCGGUCAUACAGAUAUUGCUCUUAUGCUUUACCAUCAUGGUGCCAAAAAUUUGCCUAACGCCGAAUCGCUCUAUCCACUUCAUCUAGCAGCUCGUCAGGGGCAUGCAGAGUUAUGUCGUGUGCUUGCUCAAAAUAAACAGGAACUUGAAAAACCUGAUAAAUAUAACACCUGGACACCACUCUUCUGGGCAGCUAACGAUGGCCAUGUUGAUUGCGUUCGCGAACUUAUCGAUGCAGGCUGUAAAAUUAAUGUGAAAGACGAGAAUAACAAGACAGCACUCUAUUACGCUGCUUGGGAAGGGCAUAUGGAUUGUGUACAGCUCCUGCUCGAUGCUGGUUGUGAAGUAGAAUCUGUUGAUCAGCUCAUACCUCCAACAGUAUCGCAAUCAGCCUCUCAUACUCCGACUGAAUCCGAUGGCAAUACAGCAGAUGAUCAUGAUCCAGUGAUGGAUUUGGACGGUUUAGAUAUGAUACCCUCAUUAUCAUUGCCUCCACCUAUCAUUCCUUUCCGCAUCUAUGGUCAUAGUUAUCUUGACCGCAAAUAUCAGAUUCAAAUCAGUCUCAAGCAACCUCCCAUUCGCCUAUAUGAUAAUGCUCAAAUCUCUUCGCUACGUCUGAUCAUAUCUUCAAAACCAGAUACUGGGAUGAUUCCGCACAGUGUCAUCCUCCCACUGGUAGAUGAUCGAGAUGUGUUCAAUUUCCAGGUUGAUCGACUAGAUAACUUUUUGCUAGAGUUUGAUAUAUUGGCCACGUUUGGUUCUAAAGUGCUGGGUCGUGCUGUAGCAUUACCUCAGCUGUUCUCAGUUGACUUUAAAGUAGGCGAGAAGCAUUGCACUAUACCACUUCUAGACGGACAUCUUAAGGUGAUUGGUGAGUUAUCUUACGACUAUUCAGUUAUUAGUCCUUUCCAAGGUGUUCAAUUGGAAAUUGGUGGCCGAAUUGAAACUUACUGGAAGUCAACCAAUACUGUCUUACCUCAGCCCUCUGCUUCCUCUGCAAAUGCUUCAGCUACAGCUGAAGGUCCAGAACAACAGCAAUUGCCUCCCCGGUUGACGUCAACGACGAUAACUCAAAAUAUUAUCAAAGAGAACUCUCCCACUAUCGUCAAUAAUAAUCCAUCGUCAUUAUCAUCAACGGCAUCUUCUUUUAUUACAGCCUCCUCAUUAUCGGGUGACUAUGUGCAGGUGGUUGUUCAGCUCACGAGAGAUCUCAUACCAGUGGUAUACGCUAAUUGGAUGAUUCCGUACAGAGGCUUGGAUCUGACAGUAUCUGAUGUGACUUUAGAACAGUUCCUUAACAUUGGCAAGUAUCUGCUAAAGGAAGAGGCACUGAAUCCUGAUGAGAUAGCAAAUGGUGUAUGCCCUGUGACAGGAAACAGUCUAAUUAUUCAAAAAUUGGGAGAUUGUAAAGCCUUCGUAUCCCUAGAGCAAGUAUUAGAGAUGUUACCUCCAUCUAUGGGUCUUCAUUUAGAACUUAAAUACCCCUUAUCGAGCGAUCUCACUUUACAUUCGUUUACAAAUAUCACCGACAGGAACACAUUCGUUGAUACUGUUUUACAAUGCAUUUAUGAUCAUGUACGAUCGCUCCCAGCUAAUACUACCAGCCGCAGUUUAUUCUUCUCUUCGUAUAAUCCGGCUAUUUGUAUGGUAGUCAGUUGGAAACAGCCUAAUUAUGCUGUAUUUUUCGGUACAUAUUGCGGGGCCAAUAUGCAUCGAGGUACUAAACGACGAAAAACAUUCAAAGACGAUUCGAUACGUACCACGAGCACUAAGCUGCAGCAACAAGGAGAAGAUGUAGAAACAGAAGAAGAGAAAGCGAUAAGCCAUGAUCAUAUCUAUAAAAAUGAUGAUAUCCGCUGCUCUUCCCUAAAAGAAGCUGUUAAAUUUGCCAAACAAAACAAUUUAUUAGGCAUGAUAUGUGGUGCACAUACAUUGGUUCAAGUGCCGUCCUUGAUUAAAACAGCUAAGGAAAGCGGUCUCAUUCUAGUAACGGCCGGUGAUGUAAAUUCGGAUAUUCGAUAUCGACAGUUGCAAGAACGAUAUGGUGUAGAUGCUAUGGUAGUGAAUCAAGUAGUUCAUUUCAAUACCUCAAUGGCUGGUGCAGGCUUUUGAUAUGUCCUUGUACCACUGUCAAGAUUACAUAUACAUAAAAAUAACGUAUUGACUGAGGGCGAUAGUGCCUCCAUGUUUUAGAGAAAGAGAUACUUUAUCCUUUCCGAAAACGACACCUUUUCUAUAGUUUUAUCCUUUAUUUCAUUUGAUAUCCUGCUCUGUAUCCAUUAUUUGUCUUUAGAAUAAUAAUAUCAUGUUGUAUUACUCCCCCA